CAAAAACCCAAAAGAAGAAGAACUACGCAACAUUGUGUAAGUUUCUGGCGGUAUAAUAUAUUUUUGUUUUUUAUUUGUAAAAAUUGGUAAAAAGCAGCGAUAAAAAGUACAAAGGCUAUUUUUUUAUUUUAGAAAAGUGUGCAAAUAAGAAAGUCAAAACGUAAGAAGAGAGGUUAAUCUAUAACAACAUAAUAUCCAAAACGAUGAACCAACAGAAGAGAAGGUCUGUAAAGAAACCAGCGAUAAUUGAAAGUGAUGAAAGCAGUGAUGACGAAUCACCAGUUAAGAAAUGCAAAGUAACUCCUAAGAAAAAAGUUGAACACCCAGUAACAGAAAAACAAAAUACCAAUGAUUCCUCUUCUAGUGAAAGUGAUAUUGAAAACUACCUGCAACCCAUCGACAAACUAGACUUAUCCUCAGAGUUUUUUAAUCUCAAGAAAGACAGCAAUAAUGAUGAAUUUAGCAAAAUUGAAAAAAGUAUUUUUGAAAAGGUAGGCACAUCGCGGUUGUCAGAUUCAGAGUCAGACUUAGAUGAUGUACAAGCUUCAACAAGUCAAAUAUCCACACAAGAGACAACAGCAUCUCAACAGCUAAAUUUUAAGCAGUUGGAAGACUUUACGAAGAAUAUAGAAGAAGCCAAAUUAAUUGUUGAAAAAUAUAAUGCUAAAAAGAAGAUCGAAGAAAAAAACGUUGACAUAUCAAAUAUUCUAGCUUCAGGUGAAUCAAAACAGUUAACUUUAGAAAAUAUAAGGGAAGAAGAUUUACAUUCAAGUGAUUUUGAAACCACAGAUGGGGAGGAAUGGGAAGAAGUAAAACAAAAAGAUCAGGAGGAAAAAUCUGUAGUACCUAAAAAAGACAUUGAAAUAAGAAUAGGUGCAAUGCCGGAACAUUGUAGAAACAAGAAAGGUACUGAUUUAAUUGCAGCCAUGAAAAGAAGGCUUAAUAGAAUACGCAAAGAAAAUCAACUUUAUGUUCACAAAGUGCAUCUAUUAUGCUGGCUAGCUCACGGAAAUUUUGUCAACUCCGUAAUAUCAAGUUCAGAUAUUUUAAGCGUUGCAUUAUCUCUAUUACCAUCUGACAAAUGUUAUCCUUCUGAUCGUGUAGAUCUAAGUUAUCUAGAACAAAUUGUCCAAUGGUACAAAAGAACAAUAAAACUAAAAGAGAAGGAUCCUGCGCAACAGUUGCCUUUAAAAAAAGCUUUAAGUCUUCAGAUGAUGAAGAAAGAAUCAUAUGACAAAAAGAUGUUUGUUUUGAUUUUCAUUGCUAUUUUAAGAUCGUUGGGAAUACAAUGCCGAAUGGUACUCUCAUUACAAGUGGAACCAUUACGACCACCCUCUAGUGAAUUACAUUCUUUGUCUACGAAAGAAUCCACCAAGAAGUUACCAAGCAGCAAAACAGGCCAAUUGAAUAAAUCUCAUAAUAAAAGCAAUAGCAAAUCAGAUGCCAAGAAGUUACCAAGCAACAAAUCAGCACAAUUGAAUAAAUCUCAUAAUAAAAGCAAUAGCAAAUCAGAAGGCAAAACCAAACAGAUUAAUAGUGAAGACGUUAAACUUAAAAAGGCCAAAGAAGGGAUUCAGAAAGUCAGCAAAUUAGGUAAAGAGAAGGCUACUAAAGAUACCAGUCAGAAAAAAGACCAAAAUAAGCAUAAAGAACCUCAGGAAAGUAGUAGAAAUUCUGUUUCUGAUAAAAAUAAAAAGCCAGCGAAGGAAGAACAAAUAUUAAGCAGUAAACCAAAGAAAGAAAGAGAAACAACAGAACUCAAAACUAAUAAAAUGAAAGGAGGGAAAGUUGAAGAAACUAAAAUAGUUAAUAAAGGAAAUAAAAAGGAUAACACAAAGGAUAAUAAUACACGAACUUCCUCAAAAAUGUCACAUAAGGAGACAGUACAGACAACUAAAGAAAGUAAAUCUAGCAAAAGUAGUAAGAAAGAAUCUUUAAAGGUAGACGAGGAAUCUGAGUCUAAAAGUUCAGUUACUGAGAAUAAGGAAUCCGUAGGGACAACAAUAACUCAACCUAAACCUUCAACUUCAGUCUCAAAAAUGCGCUCAAGGAGAAGUAGACGAAGCACAGAAAAAAAUAUUCCACAGUUGGAUGGAGCUAACGACACAAUCCCCAAAACAGUAUCAAAUACUCGGAAACCUAAUUUACGAAAGCUGAAAAAUGAAUCAAAUGCCAAGGUCAAUUCUGCCAAAGACUCCCGUAGUCGUGUAAAGGUUAAUAAUAAUAAUGAUUCAGAAGAUGACUUCUCUCCAAGUCCAUCGAAGAGAUCUCCAAUCAAGAAACCCAAUUUUGCAAAGUUAAGUCAGCCAUCAACAUCAAAAAUCGGUAAUCCUUUCGAUGUUAAGAAUGAUAUAAUAAAUUUAAUAAAAGGCAGAAUAAUUGAGCAAAAACAUAUGGAUAGAGGUAAAUUGGUGAAUAAAAGAAAAUCGCAAAAUCAUGACAGCAGUUCAGAUAGUGAUUACUUGCCAAGUCCCAUUAAAAAAAAACAUCACGACAGUGACAGCGAUAUCGAAUAUUUUGUUCCUAAACCCAAAGUUAAAAAGAGAGUAAAGGUGAAUAGAGUAGGACCUGGUCACCCGAUAUUAUCAGAUAGUGGUGAAGAAGGCAAAAAGAAGAAAGGUAAUGACGUUUGGCUUGAAGUCUAUUUAGAAAGCGAAGAAAAGUGGAUAACAGCGGAUGUUAUUCGAGGGCAGGUGCACUGUGUAAAUGAACUCUAUAUGAGAGCAACUCACCCAGUAAGUUAUGUAGUAGCUUGGAACAAUGAUCACACCAUCAAAGAUGUUAGUAUGCGUUACUGCAAAAGCUUCAAUACCGUUACACGAAAAUUAAGAAUAGAUUCCAAUUGGUGGGAGUCCUCUAUAAGACCUUUCAAGGAAAAAAGCACUGCCAGGAGUAAGGAAGAAGAUGCUGAUUUGAACAAACAGCUGUUCGAUCAGCCAUUACCAAAGUCGAUAGCAGAGUAUAAAAAUCAUCCUCUAUAUGCUCUACAAAGACAUGUUCUAAAAUUCGAAGCCAUCUAUCCACCUGAUCAAGUUCCUUUGGGCUAUGUACGAGGCGAAGCAGUAUAUCCCAGAAAUUGCGUCUAUAUUUGCAAAUCGAGGGAUAUUUGGCUGAAGGAUGCCAAAGUUGUUAAACCUGGUGAAAAACCGUACAAGAUUGUCAAGGCUCGACCUAAGUAUGAUAAGUUGUCCAAUUCCGUGGUAACAGACCAGUUAUUGGAAAUCUAUGGCCCAUGGCAAACGACAGACUACGAUCCACCAACCGCUGAAAACGGAGUUGUUCCAAGAAAUGCUUUUGGCAACGUUGAACUAUUCAAGAAAUGUAUGUUACCGAAAAAGACUGUACAUCUACAACUGCCUGGAUUGAACAAAGUUGCUAAAAAAUUGAAUAUUGAUUGCGCUUCCGCUAUAGUUGGGUUCGACUUCCAUGGAGGAUGGAGCCACCCAGUUUAUGAUGGAUUUGUUGUUUGUGAGGAGUUUACCGAUGUUUUGAUAGCUGCAUGGGAACAAGAUCGAGAAGAGAUGGAGAAAAAAGAAAACGAAAAAAUAGAGAAGCGUGUAUAUACCAACUGGAAGCGAUUGAUCAAAGGCCUGCUCAUUAGGGAGCGGCUGAAAGCGAGAUACGACUUUGGUGGAGAACCAUCGCAAAGUGAAAAGGGAAAGAAAAAUGCCGGUGCAAAUAAAAGUACAAAGGGAAAUAAAAAAAGUUGAAGGGCUUAUAGGAAUUCAAUAGUAAUUCACAUUGAAUUUCGCCAAUAGUUGUACCAGUAUUGUUUAGUUGUUAAAAGUUAUUUUGUACCUGAUUCUAAUCAUAAAACAAAAGUGAGUUUCCGACUGGAAGAAAAUUCACAUUCUUCCAGAAAUUUCUUUUAUUUUUGGCAUUUUUUGUCUUCAAGAUUUCUGUUGUACUUUUCAGUCUUUGUAUUAUUCACUUCAUUCGUGAUAUUUGGAUUUAGUAGUUUCUCCAGUCUAUUUGGUUGUCUUCUAUUUCUUUUUAUUUGCCGUUUUCAAAUACCGUUUCUUUUAUAUACUGUCGGCAAAUUAUUCAUUCUAUACAGUCAUUUAUAUUUCAUUUUUAUAUCUAUCUCGUCUUAUACAGUGAACACGUAAAGGUUGGAAUAAAUUCACUUUUUCGUGAAAGAACAAUUUUGGAAAUAAAUCCCGAAACAGUUCGAUUUUUAUAAUCAACUAUUUUCAAUGGGAAAUAAGCCAUAAUUUUACCAAAAAAAUGAUUUUAUUAACGUUUCAGAAAUACAUAUAUCUUAAAACAGCUUCAGAACAACAGUUCCAUUUUUAUUUUUAAAUUAUGAUUUUUUGGCAUAUACACUGCGGUGCAAAAAAAUCGAUCAACUAAAAAUUUGGUCAUUUUUGAUAUUUCGAAUUUCCUAAACCUGUUGUCCGAUUUAAGUGUUUUUGUACCACGUUAUAGCCUUAUCCACUGACAAUAUCGAUGUAAUAAUAUUGUUGCUAGACAGCUAAACUGUCAUUGUAUACCGGGUGUACGAAUCAAACUGUUUUUUUCUCAAAGUUCGCAUCACCCUGUGGACUAUUUUAGCAUUUUUAAAAUACUGACAUUAAAACCCAACCAUAGCCUUAGGUUUUCUUAACAUUUUGUCUUUCAAUUAAUUCGCUUAUGUUGAAUAAUAAAGAAGUUAGGUACUUUAACAACUGGCCAGGUUCGUCAUCAGUACAGGGUGUUUCUAAAUAAGUGCGACAAACUUUAAGGGGUAAUUUUACAUGAGAAAGUAAUGGCAAUUUGCUUUAUAAUCAUAUGUCCGCAAGCGCUUCGUUUCCGAGAUACGGGACGUUCAGUUUUCUUUGCAAACUGACGAUUUAUUUAUUGCUUUAAAACCAGUUGAGAUAUGCAGAUCAAAUUCGGUGGGCUUUAAAACAUAGUUAUUGCACAUUUUUUGACAUACAAUUAAGAAUUUUAUAUUCACCAUUGGCGUGCGUACGGGUAAUAUUAUCGGUCAUAAUACCCGUUUCCGCGCCACUGGUGAAUAUUAAAUUCUUAAUUGUAUGUCAAAAAAUGUGCAAUAACUACGUCUUAAAACCCACCAAAUUUGAUUUGCACAUCUCAAUUGGUUUUAAAGCAAUAAGUAAAUCAUCAGUUUGUAAAAAAAAAGAAUGUGUGUGUACUUUGUACGCACGUAAGAAGUUAUACUUCUAUUAUAUAAUUUUAACGAAGUAAUUGUCAUCAUCAUUCUCUUUGCCUUAUCCCUAUGCGGGGUCGGCUUCCCUAAUUGCAUUUCUCCACACAAUUCUAUCUUGGGCCAUAUCAAUGUUAAUCCCCUUUACCAACAUGUCCUGCCUUAUCGUCUCCCCCCAGCUCUUCUUUGGUCUUCCUCUCCUACUCCUUCCAGGAAUCUGCACUUCAGCUAUUCUUCGUAUUGGGUGGUUAACGUCUCGACGUUGAACAUGACCAAACCAUCUUAACCUAUGCUCUCUCAUUUUGGCAUCAAUUGGUGCCACACCUAGACUUCCCCUAAUAUACUCAUUUCUAAUUUUAUCCUUCUUUGUCACUCCACUCAUCCAUCUAAGCAUUCUCAUUUCCGCCACAUGCAUUCGCUGUUCCUCUUUCUUUUUCACUGCCCAACAUUCAGUUCCGUACAUCAUAGCUGGUCUUAUGGCUGUUUUAUAGAAUUUUCCCUUCAGCUUCAUUGGAAUUUUUCUGUCACACAACACACCACUCGCUUCUUUCCACUUCAUCCAUCCAGCCCUAAUUCUACUGCAUGCAUCUCCAUCUAUUUCUCCAUUACUCUGUAAUACCGAUCCUAGGUACUUAAAACUAUUGCUUUUUACAAUCAUUUCACCAUCCAAAGAUACCAUUUUAUUUGUAGUAGCUCCAUCUUUAAAUGAACAUUCCAAAUACUCUGUUUUUGUCCUACUAAGUUUUAAACCUUUUUCCUCCAGAGCUUGUCUCCACUGUUCCAGUUUUUGUUCGAAGUCUCUUUCACUAUUUCCUACUAACACGACAUCAUCAGCAUACAUUAAGCACCAUGGAAUGUUCCCCUGUAUUUUCGCUGUUAUCUGGUCCAAAACUAAUGAGAAUAAAUACGGACUAAGCACAGAACCUUGAUGCAAUCCUACUUUCACAUGAAAUUUAUCAGUCUCUCCCACACCUGUCCUAACACUAGUCGUUACUCCCUCAUACAUAUCCCUCACAAUCUUUACAUAUUCACCAGGGACUCCUUUCUUAUUGAGUGCCCACCACAGAAUCUCUCGAGGAACUCUAUCAUAUGCUUUCUCAAGAUCAAUGAAUACCAUAUGAGCGUUUGUUUCUUUACUCCUGUAUUUUUCCAUCAACUGCCUUAUAAUGAAAAUUGCAUCUGUUGUUGAUCUACCCUGCAUAAAGCCAAAUUGAUUCUCGGAUAUUUCGGUUUCUUCACGUAUCCGUCUAUCAAUUACUCUUUCCCAUAUUUUCAUGGUGUGGCUAAGCAGUUUUAUAGCCCUGUAGUUUGUACAUUGUUGUAUAUCUCCCUUGUUUUUGUAAACAGGUACCAGUAUACUGCUUCUCCAUUCGUCUGGCAUUUGUCCAACUUCCAUAAUUCUAUUAAAUAGACCUGCUAGCCACCUUGUUCCUGUCUCUCCCAAUGCUCUCCAUACUUCCCCAGGAAUAUCAUCUGGUCCUACCGCUUUUCCUUUCUUUAUUUUUUGAAGCGCUUGAGCCACUUCCUCGUUGGUUAUUCUGGUGACCAUUGCUGCUACUGUCUCCGUUGACUCUACAGGCUGUCUGUCAAAUUCUUCAUUUAAUAAGCUGUCAAAGUACUUUCUCCAUCUCUUUUUGACAUCCCUUUCGUGAACUAGUAUUUUAUUAUUUUCAUCUCGGAUACAUCUAAUCUGAUUAAAAUCUUUUGAUUUCUUUGCUCUCUGUUUGGCUAUUUUAUAUAUCUUCGUUUCGCCUUCCCUGGUAUCAAGUUGAUCGUAUAGGUUUGAAUACGCUUCUGCUUUAGCUUUUGCUACUGCUACUUUCGCUUCCUUUUUGGCGACCAUAUAGUUUUGAAGAUCUAUGUCCGAUCUGGUUUCUUGCCACUUUUUAUAUAAUUUUCUCUUCUCUUUUAUGUUUCCUUGUACUUCAUUUGACCACCACCAAGUCUCUUUAUCUUCAAACUUCUUUCCUGACGUUUUCCCAAGUAUUUCAAUAGCCGUCUCUCUAAUAAUAUUGGCCAUUUUUCUCCAAAUUGUGUUAGGGCUUCCUUUCAUGUUCCAAGUUCCAACAUAUUUUUUCUACUAUUCUUUCCCUGAAUAGACCUUCCUUCUCAUCUUUUAGCAUCCACCACUUGAUUUUUUGUGGUCCUCUCCGAUAUUUUUGUUUAGUUUCGCUUUUUACUUCGAUGUCCAGAACAAGCAGCUUAUGUUGUUGGCUUACUGUCUCACUAACUAUUACCUUGCAGUCCUUGCAUUCACGUAUGUCUUCUUUCCUUAUCAUGAAGUAGUCUAUUUGGGAUUGAUGUUGUCCACUUUUGUAGGUAAUAAGUUGAGUUUCUCUCUUUUUAAAGAAUGUGUUAACAAUCGCCAUAUCCAAUGCUGUUGCUAAUUCUAGCAUGUCAUCUCCAGCUUCAUUUCUAGUUCCAAAGCCUAAUCCCCCAUGUAUUGUUUCAUAUCCUGUCUUGGCUUGGCCCACAUGUGCAUUGAAAUCACCUCCUAUUAUAACUUUCUCCUCCGCUGGAAUAUCACUCAGUAUGUCUCCCAAUUGAUCAUAGAAAGCUCUUCUUUCAUUCUCACCCAGACCUGUUUGAGGAGCAUACACACACACAACAUUCAAUACCUCUUUAUCAAUUACAAAUUUCACUGAAAUCAUUCUAUCACUCGUUCUUACAACAUCUACUACGUUAUCUUUCAUUUCACUAUCAGCAAUUAUACCAACUCCAUUUCUAGUGUUACUACUCCCUACAUACCACAAUUUAUAUCCAUCACCUAGUUCUUUCGCCCUUUGUCCUUUCCACCUAGUUUCUUGAAUACAAGCAAUUUGAACUCUUCUUCGUUUGAGCGCAUCCACUAACUCCAGACUCUUACCUGUAAGACUACCAAGAUUCCAAGACCCUAUCCUGAUUUUUCUAACCUGCAAUGGUGUUCCCCCUGAGAUAGUCCUCACCCGGAGAUCCGAAUGGAGGCUCAUUUUACUUCCGGAACAUUUUACCUCAGGAGAUGCCAUCAUUUCAGUAUAAGUUUUUAUUUCGUUUGGAGAAGGUCUUUUCAUUAUUAUGGCCUGAAAAGAUUUUUGGAUAUUUGAUGCCUGAAUGCCUUUUCUAUCAGCACCAUACCCUGCCCUGUCCUGCACGUUUAGCCAAUACACCACCAAUGCAACCAAAGUGCAGUAUUACCCCACACCCGCCUGCAUUUUUCUGUAUAGGCCAGGAUCCCUACUGUAAGGACUGCCCUAUAAGCCAAUGUAUUGUUGCCCGUAUCCCGCCACUAGGAGGCACGUACUUCAUUCGGGAUACUUUAACGAAGUAAUUGUAUUCUAUUUAAAUAUUAAACUAACUUUCUUAUUGUAGUAAGUAAUUGUAUUCUAUUUAAAUAUUAAACUAACUUUCUUAUCUACCACUUUCAAAAAAAUUUUAUCAAAACAACUAAAAAAAAAAUGAAUCGUAGAGGAUUGGAACCCGGGACGUUUCGAUCUCUGACCGAACGCUCAACAACUAGACCAUCGAGGCUCAUUUGAUUGACACGUAACUUUCGGAUAUAAUUAUGAGUGCAGCUGAUCUCACUACUACCAACUUUGUUAAAUUUCGAAACAGUAAUUUCACUUUUAUUUAAUAAUGGUACGGUAAACAAUCCUCAUUUUUUAAUAUGUUAUUCCUUACAAAAAUACCUUUAAUUUAAGCACAAAUAAUUAAAAAUCGUAAAUUUGGGUCAAAAGUUAUUAACUUUUUAAGAAUUCCCAUAAGAGCCCAUGUUAAAAUUUAACUUUGACCCUUAAUAGUAAUUAAACGGCACGGUAAAACAUAAGUCUUAGUUUUUUGAAGUAAACUAUAACAUACUAAAAUUUCAUGCAAAUCCUUAAUUCUUUGCCGAAGGUGUAGAACGUCAUUAAACUUGUGAUAUUUUGAAAAUUGAUCAAAUUAUUUUAAUUUUGAAGUGAAAAUGAUUUAGAAUUGAAAAAAUACAACAAAACAUAGAGUAAGAAAACAAUAUAUUAGGUGAAUAUUGAUAUAAAUUUUGAUGGUAAUCAAAUUAUAUAAAUAAAAGUAUUACAUACUAUGUAUUUUGGCAGAUCAAACAGGUAGGUUUAUACCCAUGAUAUAUUAACAAUUAUUACGUACCUGUUGCUUUUAAAAACGAUUUAAAAGUCACUACAAUAUUAUAAACUUUUUUGUUUCUGUCCUCACAACAAUAAAACUAAUAUAUUAUACAUUUGUUUACCUUUACCUCCAAACCACAGGUGUUCUACAGCUGCCAUAUUGGAUAAUUUUUGACAUGUCAUUUGAACAUCCAAUCAACACAAAGUUAUAAUGCGCGUAUGCGCCUGGGUGAUGCGUAUGUGCCUGGUUUUAACAUAUAAAAAUUCACCCUCAUCGCGCGUAAAGAAGUAUAACUUCAAAAAAUUGAACAUCCCGUAUCUCGGAAACGAAGCGUUUGCGGACAUAUGAUUAUAAAGCAAAUUGUCAUUAUUUUCUCAUGUACAAUAUCCCCUUAAAGUUUUGUGCAAAUAUUUUAGAAACACCCUGUACUGAUGACGAACAUGGCCAGUUGUUAAAGUACCUAACUUUUUUAUUAUCCAACAUAAGCGAAUGAAUCGAAAGACAAAGUGUUAAAAAAACCUGAGGCUAUAGUUGGGUUUUAAUUUCAGUAUUUUAUAAAUGCCAGAAUAGUCCACAGGGUGAUGCGAACUUUGAGAAAAAAACACAGUUUGAUUCGUACACCCGGUAUACAAUAAUAGUUUGACUGUCUAGCAACAAUAUUAUUACAGAGAUAUUGUCAAUGAAUAAGGCUAUAACGUGGUAAAAAAACACUUAAAUCGGACAACAGGUUUAGGAAAUUCGAAACAUCAAAAAUGACCAAAUUUUUAGUGGAUCGAUUUUUUUGCACCGCAGUGUAUAUCAUACUAGUGACGUUAUCCAUCUGGGCCAGAUGACAUAAUCGAUAUUUUUUCAAUGAGAAUAGAGGGUCGUGUGUUAACUCAUUUGAAAGGUUAUUUAAUUCUCCAUUCAGUAAUAUAAACAUUUAACACAAUUAUUUAUAUAGGGUUUCAAAAAAAUGUAAUUAAAUUAAUUGGGACAAAAAGAAGAAUGCAUGUAAUUUAUUUAAUUCAAACAUACCUACAUUUUACUGCUGUCAGAAAACAGGAAAAAAUGUUUAUUUGACAAAUAAAUAUUGUUUUUAAAUAAAUAAAUAAAUUAAAUAAUUUACAUAAAUUCUUCUUUUUGUGUAAAUUAAUUUAAUUAAAAAAAAUAUUGGAGGGAGUCAGUAAAAAUUAGAAGAUGUUGGAAGAAAUUGAAAGAUGCCAGAAGAAAAUAGAGGAAGCCAAGAAAAAUAUUGGAGGGAGAUACGAUAAAAUAGGAGGAACAAAAACAAUUGAGUGCGGUGCAGUAAAAUCACUAGUUUAAAAAUAAAAAUCGACCUGUUUCGGGAUUUAUUUUCAAAAUCGCUCAUUCAAGAAAAAAUAAAUUUAUUCCAACCUUUAUACGUGCUCACUGCAAUCAACUGCUAAUCAAUAUCUCUUAGUUACUUGCAAGUGUUUUCUGUGUGUGUACUAUUUACAUUUAUAAAAAACCUACGAGGAAAAUAAAAUUCCUGUAGUUGGCUGUAUACCAUAAAUCACAAAAAUACUAGAUACUUUGUAAAAAGUAUAUUUAAAAUUCCCUAAAUAAGGGUUACAUUACAUCACAGAACGUUUUCGGGUUAAAAAAUCCAUCAUCAGUGUCAUUAAAAGCCAAUAAUGGUAUUCAGUGCUCAGGCAUGCACAUUAUUGGCUUUUAUUAACAUUGAUGAUGAAUUUUCCAUCCGAAAACGUUCUGUGAUGUAAUGUAACCCUUAUUUAGAGAAUUUUAAAUAUACGUUUUACAAAGGAUCUAGUAUUUUUAUUUACGAUUAUACUUUUUAUGUUUGUUUUUGUAUAUUGUUUUUAUAUAUUUAACAGGGCUGAUUGUUCGCCUUUAAUACUUUUGUAAUAAACGUUUUGAAAUGUG